GAAGAGAAAGAAGAGGAAGCUGCCACUGUUUUCGAAUAAAACAAAAUUAAGUGUAUAAGGAUAAUUAAUUGCAAAGAACCAAAGACCAUGAAUAGAGUUCCUUAAAUAGGUUGGCAUUGGCAACAAUGAUUGUAGAUAGAGCAGAUCGAGUAAGUGAGAAGCCCCGGUGUACACAAAACAAAAGCGUGGGAAAUGUGUUGAUAGAAUGCGGAGUUGUACAGCCAUAGAGCUUAGGGAUGGGGACAGUUGAUAGAAGAGGACCCUGACACAUUGAGGGAGUCCACAUGGCAGGAGAGUCGAGAUCGCGCUCCACAACAACCUCUUAUCAAUCUCACCAUCUCCGCUAAACUCACUCUAAUUUUCUCUUUCUUCAUUCGACAAGAUAAUACUACAUAGGAGCUGCUCCGGCCUGCCAUGUCCGCCAUUGCUACUUCUGCUGUUCUCUCUUUUCCUUUCUCUUCCACCCGUUCAGACAAACCAUAUACAAACAAGUGUUUCAAAGGGAAAUUUGGAGUGUUUGCAGUGUAUGAGGAGGCAGCGGGUGAGUUAACAAACAAGAAAAGACCCUGGUUGACAAUCUUUGAUGUCGUCAAAGAUCCAAGGUCAAAAUUUCCUCAGUCUAAAGGGAAGUUCCUGGAUGCAAAACAAGCUUUAGAAGUUGCUAGAGUUGAUAAACAAUAUUGCGAUUGGCGAGCUCGUCAAGACGUACUUACGAUAAUGCACCUGCACGAAAAGGUUGUGGAAGUAUUGAAUCCUCUGGCACGGGAGUAUAAAUCUAUUGGAACCAUAAAGAAGGAACUUGCCGAGUUGCAAGAAGCACUUUCUCAGGCUCAUAAAGAGGUACAUAUAUCUGAAGUGCGGGUUUCUGCUGCUUUAGAUAAGUUAGCUUACAUGGAAGCAUUGGUUAAUGAUAGGCUGCUACCAGAGAGGAGUUCAAAAGAAUCAGAUUGCUCGACUUCAUCCCCCAGUACAUCUACAGUAACCAAAGAUAGUGUUAAAAGCAAGCAGCCUAGGAGAACCCUCAAUGUGUCGGGUCCUGUCCAAGAAUACAGUCCCCAUUUGAAGAACUUCUGGUAUCCUGUUGCUUUCUCCGCUGACAGUAAGGAGGACACCAUGAUACCAAUUGAUUGCUUUGAGGAACCAUGGGUGAUUUUUCGUGGGAAAGAUGGAAAACCUGGAUGUGUCCGAAACACAUGUGCACAUAGAGCCUGUCCCCUUCAUUUGGGUUCAGUAAAAGAGGGUCGCAUCCAAUGUCCUUAUCAUGGGUGGGAGUAUUCAACAGAUGGAAAAUGUGAGAAAAUGCCAUCAACUAAAUUUCUUAAUGUCAAGAUCAAGUCUCUGCCAUGCUUUGAGCAAGAGGGAAUGAUAUGGAUUUGGCCUGGAAAUGAUCCUCCUACAGCCACUCUUCCUUCUUUACUUCCACCUUCUGGAUUUCAAAUCCAUGCAGAGAUAGUAAUGGAACUUCCAGUGGAACAUGGGUUACUUUUAGACAAUCUGUUGGAUCUUGCACAUGCUCCUUUUGUCCAUACAUCUACGUUUGCUAAAGGAUGGAGUGUCCCAAGCUUCGUGAAAUUCUUGACUCCUGCAUCUGGUCUGCAAGGAUAUUGGGAUCCCUAUCCAAUAGAUAUGGAAUUUCGUCCACCUUGUAUGGUUCUGUCAACCAGUGGAAUCUCAAAUCCAGGCAAAUUGAAGGGGCAGAGCACCAAAGAGUGCUCUACACACCUUCACCAACUUCAUGUAUGCUUACCUGCAUCUCGACAAAAGACAAGGUUGCUAUAUAGGAUGUCACUGGAUUUUGCUCCCAUAUUAAAACGCAUCCCUUUCAUGGAAUAUGUGUGGAGGUAUUUGUCUGAACAGGUUUUAAAUGAAGACCUACGGCAAGUGAUUGGACAACAAGACCGGAUGCUCAAUGGUGCUAAUGUUUGGAACCUGCCUGUAUCAUACGAUGAGCUAGGAGUGAGGUAUAGGAUAUGGAGAGAUGCUGUUGAGAGUGGAGCAAAGAAAUUGCCAUUCAGCAAAUGAACAUGGAACUAAUCCAAGGAUAGAUUUUACAUCUCAAGAUGAAUGUUAACUCUAAACAACCUUACCUCUUUGAACAACUUUAGUUGCUGAGUAUCUAUGUUGGUAUAAAACGCGGUAUACCACACUUGCUCUGAGGAUAUACCAGAGCAUCUUGCUAUUGGUUCACCAAAAGGAGAUGAUUGCAGUAUAGCUUCCCUUGUAAAAAUAAAUAAAUUAUAUACUAAGGCUGCAUUCACUUUUAUUAAGGUUCAAACAUUCUGAAUCUAAAUGUAUAUCUAAAUAAUUGAGGUGGUUUGGCCAUGUGAUGAGGAGAGGCACGGAUGCCCUAGUUCGUAGGUGUGAGAGGUUGACCUUGGAAGGUUUCAAGCGGGGUAGGGGUAGACCGAAGAAAUACUGGAGAGAAGUGAUUAGACGUGACUUGGAGUAGUUACAGCUGACUGAGGAUAUAACCCUGGAUAGGAAGAUAUGGAGGAAAAACAUUAGGAUAGAGGGCUAAGGGUGUGGUUGAGUUGUAGUCAGUAGGUAGGGGAAUUGUGGUGUCCUUUGUUUGGCAAUGUUCUUUUUGUGGAUGCCGUAUCUAUGUUAUUUUAUUAUAUUUUAUGCUUUUGAUGUUUUUGUA